AUUAUUCCGGUGUAUUCCGAUGCUUCUUCAAAAAGAAAAUGGCCCUCAACCGGCAAGUGGUGGCGUCUGCAUAUGAGCGUAAAUAAGGAAGAACCAUUUUUUAAUGAAAAUAUUGCAUUACAUAUCGCAAUGCAGUUUAAAAUAUCGCAGUAUAUGGCAUUUAAAAAUUUCGAGCCGAUGACCCAAAUACAAGUCACGCAUCCUUUGUAUAUUGACAGUAUAUAAAGAAACGGGUCAUUUAAAAGAUGUUUUUUAAGUUUAUGAUCAUAUGUACAUGUAAUUUCCAAAUAACAAGACUUUUACUAGGGGACAGGUUUCGUGCGCUUUAUGUAUCAUGCUGGAUAUUUAUGCGGACAGGUGGAUAUCUCAAUUGUGUGUUUUAUUUUUAACAUUGCAAGGAAAUUUAUCCAUGUUACUGAAACCAGAAGAAUUUAAUCAAGGAGUAUGUGAUGGUCAGAUGUUGAAUGUUAGCAUCAAUGUUACCUGUGAAUUCAGCGAAGCUAGAGCUAUAAUACGUGGAGGACCAAUCGGUGGAAAUAUGAAGACCUACUGUAAAAAGGAAACAUGUACAAAUGGUGGAAAUUUCAACAGAAAAGACAACAUUCUAAAGGUUUCCUUCCCUAUUGUGUAUAAAUCACACAUCGGCAAUCUUCUGGAAAUAAGCGUCACAUGUUUGAAUGGAAGCGUGCUUGAAGAUAGACUACCCAUGGUGCCAUGUUUAUCUCGAUUUAAUCACUCUGUCGAAUGCAACAGUACGCAUGCGUGGAUAAUAUGUGAACACAACUCCUACCAGUUAUCUAAACAUGGAAUGCGGUUAAAAAACGCUACAACUGGAAACUAUCUGGAUAAUUGUGUGUGGCUGGACCAGUCAUCGAGAUGUAUCAAGGGGUUAGCCACAGGACUCCCUAAUGGCGCUCAGUACAUUCUACCAUACGGGUAUGGGCAUGAGAUAUUAUGUGAAAUGGAUGGACAAUCUGUUUACAACAACAUUGCAUGUAACCAAGUAAAUCGCAAGGAUGACCAGACAGGUGGACACGUAGUACAUUCUAACGCAGUACUUCUAUUUGGAUGCGUUCUACUUCCAUUCGGAUGCUUUCUUGCACUUCUCCUUCCGCAAUAUUGCUGUUAAAUAUUUCUUCAAGAAAUGUCCAUUAAUUCGUUUUAGAAAGUUCCGUCUACCUUAUCAAUUUAUAAGGCUCAUGGCGGCUGUGAUCGGUCAACAGGGGAUGCUUUCUUCUCACCUGGUCCCACCUCUGGAAUUACAAGGGUCCGUGUUUUAUCCCCUCUUUACAUAUUUGUAUUGUUUACAGAUUUUUUGAGAUCGAUCACUGUUCGUAAAAAUCGUCACCUUUUAAAUUAUUCCAAAAACAAUAACAUUUUCCAACCAUUAGGGAAACUAGAGAAAGUAGGGGAAGGUAGGGGUAUACCGGUACAUUCAGGACCGACAAUUUACACAAAGAAGUAAGAGAACAAACGGCCUUAACACAGCAGCGGAAUAUCAUGCAGAAAAAAAUGUCUGAUACAGAUUAAGUAGUUUCAACCAAUGCCAUACAUGCCAAACAAAUCAGAAUCCGUCAGGCGAUCGUGUUUGUAUAUAUAAUUCAGAACUUUAAACCUUGUUGUUUAUAACUUUGAUUAAAGUUAUAUUUCUACAUAUUUCAUACAUUUUUAUAUGAAGUGGUUACUGUUUAAUAAUUACAUGUCGUUGUUAAUUCAUUAUAUGAAGUGGUCAAUUCUUUAUAAGCUUUAGUGCAGUGGUAACUUCUUUAUCAUCACCAAAACUGGUACUUUUAAACAGUAAAAACCAUUCUCUAUCCAGAGUUGUCCUGCGCUGCGCUCCUAACACCGUUGUCAACGCUCGUUGUACAAGAUUCUUGUACAAAUGGUAACGGUGAAAAUUUAAAAUUAAAUUCGUAAAUAAUUAUUUAUGAUUAUCAUCUAUUUUAAAUUUACCAUCCCUCAAAACGAUUUAUUUUCAAAGUUUUUAGGGAACUAUUUUGCAGAGUAUAAAUUAAAAUCUCAAUUAAAAAUC